GUUUGCGAGCUGUAGAGGACAACUCAAUGUGAACAGGCAAAGUUAUCAGAACCUCACAUGCCAUGGCUCUGGCACAGGUCUGGCCUGUGGUUGCUGUCCUGAUGGUGACUUUGCCUGCACCAUCACAGGCACAGAUUUUUAACUGGUUUAGUUGGGGAGCAAAACCAACAACUGCCUCUACUACGAUUCCUACCACCAAUCUUGCCCUUCUGACUACAUCUGAAGCAGCUCUUCUACGUGAUGCAUCAGUAAGUGAAGAAAAAAGCCCUCCUGCAACAGCCGCAGACCAGAAGUUCUUUUCUACAGAUGCAAGAGAGAAGUUCUCUCCUACCUUGCUGCCUGACGUCAGAACUACAGCAUCUUCAUCAUCGCAGACUCCAACAUCAUCCUCAUCACAAGGAACAAAUACAGUUUCUUCAUCAUCAUUGCCUAAAGAUACAACUUCAUCAUCCCGUCCUAUAGCUAUAGAAUCUUCAUCAUUCCGUCCUAUAGCUACAGAAUCUUCAUCAUUCCGUCCUAUAGCUACAGAAUCUUCAUCAUCCCGUCCUACGUCUACAGCAUCUUCAUCAUCCCGUCCUACAUCUACAGCAUCUUCAUCAUCCCGUCCUAUAGCUACAGAACCUUCAUCAUCCCGUCCUUCAUCUACAGCGUCUUCAUCAUCCCGUCCUACAUCUACAGCAUCUUCAUCAUCCCGUCCUAUAGCUACAGAAUCUUCAUCAUCCCGUCCUUCAUCUACAGCGUCUUCAUUAUCCCGUCCUACAUCUUCAUCAUCCCAGCCAACAGCUACAGCGUCUUCACCUGUAGUGAACAAACCUCUUCAAUCUUCUGAGAACUCGACCCAUGCAGCUGGAACACCAGAUUCAAGCACACUGACCGCACCAGCACAGCGCCCCGCUAAGACCUCAUCAGCCUCCUUGAAAAAUCAGCAGCAAAUUACAGAAUCUUCUCUAAGAAACCCUCCAGAAGAACACAUAUUUAGUAUCUUUCAGGUAGAGAGAAAUGAAGAUUUUAAUGUUGAGGCUACAACACCUGCAUCGAAUGAUGAACCCACAUUUGCACCUGAGGUUUCCACUGCUCAGAAUGUAGAUAAGGAGAAUAUCGCUGGGGUGGGGGCUGAGAUCCUAGAUGUUGCUAAAAAUAUCCAAAGCAUAAUGAAUGGUUGGUUAGAAAAACCUGAGACUUCUACUGGUCCUACACCUGAUGAACCAGAGAUGACCAACAUGACCAUCUCGACUGUUCGGUUAAACGAGAUGGGCAUCUUAAGUCCGCCUGGUUCUGAAAACAUCACUGAGACCCCCACAUACAGUCAACUUUCCAGUUCCAGUAAUGAGACUUUUAACACCAGUGCCAGGAAUCUUACAUCAUCAGACCGGGGAAUUGUAGAGGUUGGCCUAUUACAGCUCAUUGGAGAUCCACCACCAGAACAGAUCACCAAGAUCUUUGGUCCUGAUAAAAACCCUGGCUAUGUAUUUGGAGAAGAUGCCAACACCGGUCAAGUGGCCCAGUUUCACCUUCCCAGCCCCUUGUUUAGGGACUUUUCUAUACUCUUCCACAUCCAGCCAACAACUACCAAGGCCGGAAUGCUGUUCUCUAUCACCGAUGCUUCACAAUCCAUUAUCUAUAUUGGGGUGAAGCUGACUGAGGUCAAAAAUGGUAAGCAGCAGGUUAUUUUUUACUACACAGAGCCUGGAUCACCAGUAUCUUUCCCUGCUGCCACCUUCAAUAUUGAAGCACUGACCAACCGUUGGACACGCUUUGCCAUUGGUGUGGAGGACGAGGAAGUUGCAUUCUUCAUGAACUGUGAUGAACUGGAGAGGGUUCGGUUUGAGAGAUCACCUGAUGAGAUGGAGCUGGAAGAUGGUUCUGGACUAUUUGUUGCCCAGGCUGGAGGUGCUGAUCCUGACCGCUACCAGGGAGUAAUAGCAGAACUGAAAAUCAUAAAUGAUCCCAGAGCGGCUGAGAUGCAAUGUGAUGAGGAUGGAGACGAUUCAGACGUGAUUUCUGGAGAUUUUGGCAGUGGCGUUCCAGAGAGAGAGGUUGUAGAGGUGGUGACUAAGGCUCCUACAAGAAUCAAAGAGCAAGCACCUAUUACCAUACCUCCCAUUCAGAAACCAUCUUUGGAGGUAGAGACUGUCGUCAGAAAGGAGGAGACUGUACAGAGAGUGGAAGUACAAGGGCAGCCAGGCCAGAAGGGAGAAAAAGGAGACAGAGGUGAAAAGGGUGAUAUCGGUCCUGGAGGUGCUAAAGGCGAUGCGGGUGCUAGUACAAGUGCAGGUGUCGGUGGUAAAGGAGAAAAGGGCCAGAAAGGAGAACUUGGAAUUAAAGGCGGUGCAGGAUUUGGAUAUCCUGGGGCAAAGGGACAGAAAGGAGACCCUGGAUCCCCUGGUCCAUCUGGGCCAGCUGGUCCCCCAGGGCAAUCAAUCUUACAGAAAAGCGAUGGCAGCACUGUGCAGCAGGUGGCAGGACCUCGGGGACCUCCAGGUCCACAGGGACCUCCUGGAAAAGAUGGAGAGCCUGGAGACCCCGGAGAAGAUGGCAAAGCUGGGGAAAUUGGACCUCAGGGAUUCCCAGGAACACCAGGAGAUCCUGGACUGAAAGGAGAUAAGGGCGAUCCAGGAGUAGGUGUUAGAGGUCCUCCAGGACCCCCAGGACCUCCAGGCCCACCUGGCCUAGGUUCCAAAACAGAUAAACUGACUUUUAUUGACAUGGAAGGUUCUGGAUAUGGUGCAGAUUUAGAGAACGUCAGAGGACCACCUGGUCUUCCUGGGCCCCCUGGCCCCCCUGGUGUACCUGGAUUGCCAGGAGUACCAGGACAGUUUGGAAUGAACACCACAAGCGUGCCUGGCCCCCCUGGCCUACCUGGGAACCCUGGACAGAAUGGGAUGCCUGGUCCCCCUGGUCCUCCGGGUCUUCCUGGAAAAGAUGGAAUCCCAGGGACUCCAGGGAUUUCAGGCGAGAGGGGUAUAGAUGGUGAAAUUGGGCUUCCGGGAGCUCCUGGACCAAAGGGUAACGCUGGGGAAUCUGGAAUUCCAGGAACUCCUGGAGAAACUGGCUUAGCCGGACUUCCUGGACCAAUUGGACCACGUGGAAUACCUGGACCACCAGGGCCCCCUGGUCCACCUGGACCUGGAGUAGCAGUUGGAUUUGACGACAUGGAAGGUUCUGGAUACGGUUUUGGUGGUCGGGGAUCUUUGGGUCCACAGGGUAUGCCAGGAAUUCCAGGGGCAAAGGGAGAAGCUGGGAACCCUGGAUUCCCAGGGUUAAAGGGAGAUCGUGGAAUUCCAGGUUUGGAUGGAAGGCCCGGAUUGGAUGGAUUCCCUGGUCCUGAGGGUCCAAAGGGAGACAGAGGCGAUAGAGGAGAAAGGGGAGAACCUGGACGUGAUGGAGUUGGCAUUCCUGGACCACCUGGACCUCCUGGUCAAAUAAUUUACAGAUCAAGUGAUAGGGAGAUUGGAGGAAUAGAUGGGGGAGAGGGUAGAGAUGGUGCGCUCCAAGGACCCAGAGGAUUUAGAGGUGAAAAAGGAGAUCAAGGUUACUCAGGUCUUCCCGGAAGUAAGGGUGAGAAGGGAGAGCCUGGAAUGAUUUUGGGACCCGAUGGCACUCUACUUGGUGGAGGUUCCAGAGGAGAAAAGGGAGAUUUUGGACCAAGAGGCCCUCAGGGACCUAUGGGACCACAAGGCCCACAAGGACAGAAAGGUGAAAUUGGAUUCCCAGGAAGGGCUGGUCGUCCUGGUAUGAACGGACAUAAAGGAGACAAAGGUGAACCUGCAGACCCUACUGGUUUUGGAAUAAGGGGGCCACCAGGACUUCCUGGCCCACCUGGUCCUCCAGGAAACACAGCAUACAGUGAUCCUGGGUCUGUUGGGCCACAAGGAUAUCCAGGUCAAAAAGGAGAGAGAGGAUUCCCAGGACCAAAAGGUGAUCAGGGAGAUGUUGGCCCCCCAGGUCCUCCAGGAACUUUCCCUUAUGAUUUGAGGGACCUGCCAACUAGGGCAGAGAAAGGAGAGAAAGGAGAACCUGGUGGUGGACAUGGCCAAGGAAUUGCUGGUCCGCCAGGUAAUCCUGGAUACCCAGGCUUGCCAGGGGCUAAAGGAGACAGCGUUCAAGGUCCUCCAGGUCCCCGUGGCCCACCAGGACCUCCAGGCGUGGGAUAUGAAGGAAGACAGGGCCAACCUGGACCUCCAGGACCACCAGGACCCCCCGGACCUCAGUCAUAUCCUGGACCCAACAGACCAGCUUUAAGCAUUCCAGGACCACCAGGACCUCCAGGGCCACCCGGAUCUCCAGGAGGGUCAGGAGGAUACUCUACAGCUACAGUCCUGCAUACAUAUCAGACUAUGCUUCACCUGGGACAGACUUUACAGGAAGGGACCAUUGUACUGGUGCUGGAACAGGCAGAAAUGUAUGUGCGAGUGAGAAAUGGAUUCCGCAAAAUUCUUCUUGGGGAGUAUACAACACUGAAUGGUAAUGGUCAGGGUAAUGAAGUUGCUGUGGAACAGCCACCUAUUAUCAAUUAUCCUGGAAACAGAGAUUCAGGAUAUUAUCAGUCUACAGAUGAGAACGUUCCUCAGCCUCAACCUCCGCCUCAGCCUCAGCCUGAACCUCCACGUCAACCACAGCCACCACCUCAAGUCUUUCCCAGACCGGCAGAGCCAGAGAGAAAUGCUCCUCCCGUCCACAAACACCAAGAAUUCCAGGCAGCAUUACAUCUUGUGGCGCUAAAUGCUCCUUCAACUGGCAGCAUGCGUUCCAUUCGUGGUGUUGACUACCAGUGCUUUGAGCAAGCACGUAAAUCUGGACUUCAAGGGACAUUCCGUGCAUUCUUAUCUUCACGACUGCAGGACCUGUACAGCAUAGUCCGUAAAGCUGACAGACUCACCGUGCCUAUUGUUAAUAUUAGGGAUGAAACACUGUUUGACAGCUGGGAAUCACUAUUUUCUGGUUCUGAGGGACAGAUGAAGCCCGGGGCUCGAAUCUAUUCAUUUGAUGGACGGGAUGUUGCAACAGAUUCUACUUGGUCACAGAAGAUGGUCUGGCAUGGGUCAGAUGCCAAAGGUCGCCGGCUAACUGAGAACUACUGUGAGACCUGGCGUACAGAUGAGAGUGUAGUUACUGGUCAAGCUUCAUCUCUAUCAAGUGGGAAGCUCCUAGAGCAGCGUUCUCAGAGCUGCAAUAAGAACUUUAUUGUCCUGUGUAUUGAAAACAGCUUCACGUCCACCAGCCAGAAAUAGGAGCACAUUUAACAGCUAAGGUGGGGCCUAUCCUGGCAGGGGCUGCACAUGGACUUCCUGGGAUUCCUUCUUGCAUCCAGAGACCAAAGAGUCGGAAGCUGCUCUUCUCUGAACACUAAUGUGCAGUGUUAAUGUCCCAUGGAUAUUGGGCCAAAUCACUUGGAUACACUGGUUGAGUUAAUCCAUGCCUCAGCUCAACACACACUUUUUAGUUUUACAUUGUAAAAGAGGCUGCAAUUCCAAAAAUUGAAAAUCCAACUGAGAUCAUAUUGAUUCUAGUUGUGCCAACUUCUAUCGAAAAAUCCAGUCUUCCCGGAGCACAGGGUUCUUUGCAACCAGACUGUCCUAAGAGGAAGCUAGCCUAUGAUAGUAAUACAGUUGCACGAAGGAUGCAAAGAUUCUGGGUGCCUCAAAUAAUUGCAUCAAAUUUGGAAUGGUCUCUUAUUUUAUUCUGUAAUAUUUAACCACUUUUAGUUACAGACACACACAUACAUUUGCAUUAAUCUUUUGUGAAUGUCUGUUUCUUAGUUCUUUCUAUGACAAAUACUGGUGACUACCACUAUAUUUAUUAGAGUACCUUUAAAACAAUAGGACAACCUAAAUGUUUUGGAGCUACAUUGCUUAUAAAGCAGCUGUCAACCUACUGAAUCAUUCCCGUAUAUCUUCUGGACUUUGGUCUUUAGGGUGGCAGAUGCCUAGUAAACGCUGUACUCCCCUGGAUUGAGGCUGCUCUAUACUUGAUCUGCCCAGUCUGAUGAGGGCAUGUUUUACUACUUGGGACCCGUUGUACUUUUUCAUCUAGGAUGUUUGUUAGUUAUAUUUGUUUUAUAUCAAGUUUAUACACAAUUACUUGUUUGGAUGAGACAAAUGGAAGGAGAAACAAUAUAUAGGCCAUGCAUCCCUGAAAAUUCCCAGCUCUACUAGGUGUGUACACAGUGAAGUUUGAUGGUGCAUACAGCUAAGGCCAGGUUCACACGGGCAAAAAAUGUGUGGAAUGUCCGCUCGAAAAACAGGUGCGGAUAUUCUGCACAUUUGACUAACCGGCAGGCACUAGGACCGAUCAGAGAUGCGCUGUCUCAUAGAAGACAAUGCAUUUCCUUGCAGAAUCCGCAAAAACAUUGAACAUAAUUUUGUGGACGUUGGAAAUUUUUCUGUGUGCACAGUGCAACAGAAUCCCGUUCAAAUCAAUGAGACUCUGCUGCAGCGAAAUUGUUCUGUGGAAAUUCUACCGUGUGAACAUAGCCUCUCAGUGCCGUUAAUACUAUUAACCAUAUCAACUUUCUAAAGUACCAAACUACUUGGGGGGGACCCAUAGCCUAGAAUGGUCUUCUGGUUCAGACCAUGAUGUGUCCAAAUGGACUUUUAUUAUGUAGGGGAAAAGGUACUGUGCAUGGAUUAUGACCUAGAUGGUUAGUUAUAUAUAUGAUCCAGAAAGAACAGUGCACUGUAAGUCGGCUGGUUAGCACUUCACUUAGCGCUGGGCGGUAUACCGGUUCAUACCGAAUACCAAAAUUUUUGGGCUGCACGAUAUAAAUUUUUCCCAUACCGUAAUACCGGUUGGGCCCCUCCCUUGGGAACGAAUUAUCAGCCCAGCGCAGCGCUGUCCCCACAUCAGGGAACUAAUCAUACGUGACCCGCCAGCGCUGUUCUACUCCCCCCAAAUCAUGUUACCUGCCAGCGCUGUCCCCACAUCGCAGAACUAAUCA